AGUAGUCAUCCCAUGGGGGAGCCUGAGGUGUGUGUGACACACCUUCUUCCACCGACCUCCUAUUUGGGAAAGCAGCCCCUUCAGCCUUCGUCCCAACCCCUCUCUCACGCGAUCUGCCAAGGCUGUCAUUGUUGGAGAAACAAGAAAUAAUCAUGAAACAAAAUGUUUAUACCAAUGGUGUAUCAAACCCGGCCAGAACGCCUUGCUCUACCGCCCCCAAAAGCCUCGCCCUCCUACUGACUGACGCCCGUCACCUCCCCUCCUGCCGUCCCAUCCAACGGCGGCCCGUCGUUCCCUCCUGUCGCUGCCUUUUCCUUUUCAUAUUCCUCCGGUGUCUGACACUUCGCGCUCCAGGCGUGUAUCUGCGCGAUUUCGUCUUUGAGGGCGGCAUUGACCAGCCGAUGCCUCUUUAGCGAGUUCUUGCCCACAAACUCGGGCGAGACAAUCAACGAUGUGAAGGCUUGCCCGCAGCCACCUUGUGAUUCAAACUGUGUCAGCAUCUGGGAUUUCAUUCUCAACUGAAAAUGACGUCAGGGGCAUGUGACAGAGGAAAGCAGCGGGCAUACCGGACAUGUCCUGAACCUCGACAUGAGAGGCCUUGAGGCGGUCGGUGAGGGCCGCCCUUACGGAGUCUUCGGUGAUCGACUGGGCCAUGGUGUGUGUUUCUGUCGAUGAAGAAUAGUGAUGUUGCUCAGACUUUGUGACUGCCCCGCCAUGUUAUGCUUGGCAAGACCGAAUAAGGGUUGGGGUUUUGUGUGUGGAAUUGCUCCCAUCCAGCAUUCAGUUUGCCUUGGUUCGUUCGUUCACCUUUCACCCCACCUCUCCACCUCUCUACCUUCUCACUGUCUGUCUCUCACUGAAGCUCUUACACUGUAAGCAUUUCACCAGUGACCUCACUCUCGCUACCAAAUCUCAUCAACAAAAGCUCAGUCACAGAUGAACUUCACUUCUUCUCUCCUCAGAACAACACCAAGACUCAUUUCGUCCUUUGCCAACUCUACCCAACCGAGAACCUUCACCAUGGCCGCCAUGCAGCGCCCUGCCUUUACUGAGCGAGUCGUCAAGGCCAUGCAGGCCUUGUACCCUGAGUCUCUUGCCGACCGCAACUGGGACAACGUUGGCCUCCUCCAAGAAAACUUCACCACCCCUUCCACAGCUACAACCACCUCCCCUGUGGUCCUCCUCACAAACGACCUCACUCCCGCGGUCGCCCAAGAGGCCAUUUCCCGCAAAGCCUCUGUAAUAGUCUCCUACCACCCUUUCAUCUUCCGCGGCCUCAAGUCCAUCACCCUGGCCGACCCCCAACAGCGCAUUAUUUUGCUGCUGGCCCAACACAACAUCGCCGUUUACUCCCCCCAUACAGCCAUCGACGCCGCCCCAGGUGGCAUGGCCGACUGGCUCGCCCAGAUGCUCUCCUCCCUCCCAGACCGCACCACCACCAUCUCCACCGUAACCCCAGUCGACGCCUCCUCCCUCCCCGAGAAAUUCGCCGGCGCUGGUUACGGCCGAAAAGUCCAACUCUCCAAACCAGCCGGCCUUGGAGAACUAGUAAAGCUCUACGCCAAAGGCCUCGGCGGCCUAAAACACGUCAUGGUCGCCCGCCCCAAAUCAGAAGGGGAGUUCAUGGUCAAGACAGUGGCUGUCUGCCCAGGGAGCGGGGAGAGCGUACUGGCCGGUGUCAAGGACGCUGAUCUGAUUGUUACCGGCGAGAUGUCGCACCAUCCUGCGCUCAAGCUUGUCAUGGAGGGGAAGGCGGUGAUCAGUGUGUUUCACAGUAAUUCGGAGAGGGCUUUCUUGAGGGAUGUCCUCAAGGGACAGUUGGAGGAGGAGCUGAAGGAGGUGGAGGGGCUGGAGGUGUUGAUUAGCGAGGAGGAUCAGGAUCCCUUCCAGAUAGUGGAUGUUGAGGAUUUGCCGAGUGAUAUGAGGAUGCAGACGGUUUAGGUGGCCGGCCGCGGGGUGGGGGACCUACCGGAGCUGCAGCAACCGCAGGUUCAGCAGCCAUCAGUGC